AUGGACUACGUUACCCGAGGGGUCUGCGGUCAAGAAGGUUGCCGUGAGACCCGAUACUAUCUCGACAAUGGACUUUGGUAUUGUCGGCGCGGUCAUUUGCAGGAGGGUGUUCAAGUCGCAGAAGAUGCCGACGAUUUUGGAAACUUAGGCAAAACACAUCGCCUGAAAAGAGAGACUAGGGAGAAGGGCAGCAAGACACUUCGUGGCCGUCCGGCCUACACACUUUUCUUGCAAAUUUACCAGCUUAUCCUGUGGAAACAAUGUCAUGCAUUGGUUCAUGAACACGGUUUCCCAGAGGAACUUGAGAUGGUUGUUCGUGAUCUCUGGGCUCUUCGUCUGCAAGAUUUUGAAUCGAGAAUCACUGAUUCUACUGAAGAUGACGAUGAUGAUACCGAAUCUGAGCUGUUCAGCUCACAACCCGCAGGAACAGAUGAAUCUCGUGAUGGAUUCAAACCAAACUCGAGGUACCUCGAAUGGCCUCGCCUGAUCGAUUCUGUUGCACUGUGUUACCUCGCAGCUUUUUUGAUGCGGCUUCCUGUCUGUGUCAGUGAUUUUCACAAUAUGAUAAUGCGGCAGGAGAUCCCCUAUGCCCGAGUCCUGGCAACCAUCCCUCGGGAUAUGAGGGAUAGGCUCCCGCCAGAACUGACUGCCAUCCUUGAAGUCAAUACAAUACCUAAUGCGGAGCGAUUCCACCGCGGCGUCCUGGCAAUAGUGCUGUUCUAUCAGCGCCGAUUUGAAUUUGACCUUCCUCCGUUGAAUACGCCCAUGAUUCUUUUCCGGCACAUCAAGAGAUUGGCUUUACCAAUUGAGAUAUACGAUGCAACCAGGAUCUUGCAAGAAUUGCUGGGCAUCACAUUUCAGUAUCCGACAACAAGUUCAUUCGAUGGCCGAAAAACAGCACAACUUCUACCCGACCUGCAAUUGAUGGUGCUGAUUAUUAUUUCUACCAAACUACUUUUCCCAUUUGAUGGUUUGAAAAGGUAUCCCACCACAGCUAAAGAGCCUGCUGCACAGGUUAUGGACUGGGCCAUGUGGGAACUAGCCCAGAAGGAUUACGAUCAUGAUCAACCAUUUGGGGGAAGUAUUGGGAAAAAGACUGCCAUUCAGAUCACAGACCAAGACGUGUUGAACAUGACGUCUGCCCAAUUAGACGCUUACAUGGACUGGUACGAAAGCAGUUGGCUGGAUACCUCUAAGGAACCCAGUCGCAUUGCCGAAAUGUUUCCUAUCAGCCGGGCAGAACAAGAUAUCCCACCAACCUCUGGUGCUGCCCCAGAAUCAUCCUCUCCUUCUGGCCCUGCUCCUGCUCCUGUUCCUGUUCCUGUUGCUCCAGGUGCUCCAGAUGCUCCCGCUCCCGAUGCUCCUAGUGCUCCCGCUACUCCUGCUCCCCCUGAACCAGAAGGGUCAUCCCUGAGGACGAAGAGGACGAUCACAGGCGUCCCGGCGAGUGGUAUCACCGGUAUCGAUGGGAAUCACAUCUCAGUGGCCCCGCACGGGAUUUUCUACGAGCUGGCAGCCCAGCUCGCUGCAGUCCCAUUGAAAACUCUUGUCCGUGCUGUCACAUUUGUUGAAUUUAAAAUCGCACAGCAAGAUGAAGAGCGACAGAACAGGGAGUACUUUGCUAGUUUGGGGACAGAAGGAAUGGACACCGACGACAGUGAUGUUGACCACACCUAUGGAAUGGCUGACUUUGAAGAGGACAUGUACGACGCGGACUCCGACGAUAUGGACGAUGAUGGUUUUAUCUCCGCCUGGAACACAGCGACCGACAGCCGACAACAACGAAAACUCGCAACCAUGCAGAUGUAG